UAUUUCAUUUUUUUCCAUUUUUUCCUGCCUUUCCACUGAUUUCCUUUUUAUCAUUGUUACUAGUUACUUAUUGAUAUUAUUGCUACUAUGAUGGUGGUGACUGACUAUGAUGAUGUGUUGCUGAUGGUGGUGAUUUAAAAAAAUGACUGCUGAUUUUUAACCGGAUGAAAAUGGAGUUUUUCUGAGUGGUCCUCUCUGACUCUGGGCUUUUAACCCCUUGGGGGGGAGAGAUACAACAAGGCUUUUAAACUCAUUUUUUUAUUAAAAAGUGGAUUGAUCGCCUUAACUCUUUUUUCCCUCCCUUCCUGAUCGCCUGCCUGGCUGCCAAGAACGGAACCUGGUUUCUCUCCAGAACUUGUUUGAGUAUCUCAGGAAGUGCCAACACUUUUUAUUAUUAUUAUUUUUUAUUUUUUAUUUUUAACAUUUUAUUUCUGUGCAUUUUUUCCAACUGUUGCUGCAAUGUGUCUGUGGUGCUGAUCGCUCCCUAGCAGCGACAGCUUUUUCCCCAGUCAGAUCCUGCCCUCUCCCCCAUUUCCCCCUCAACUCUCGUGCCCUUCAGUUCCCAUCCUGGUCUUUUCCUCCACACCGUCCCACCCUUACAAACGCCGUCAUGGACGCCGAGGCUGGAGUAGCAGAGGCAGCUACCGGUGGAGCCUCACAUGGAGCAGAAACAAACCCAUCUGGGCUGAUGGUUUGCAUCUCUGCUGUGUGCUUGAGUCAUGGCCAGCAACGUCACCAACAAGACAGAUCCCCGCUCCUUGAACUCACGGGUCUUCAUUGGAAACCUCAACACCCUGGUGGUGAAGAAGUCUGACGUGGAGGCCAUCUUCUCCAAGUAUGGGAAGAUCGUUGGCUGCUCUGUGCACAAGGGAUUUGCCUUUGUGCAGUAUGUGAAUGAGCGCAAUGCUCGGGCUGCUGUGGCAGGAGAGGAUGGCAGGAUGAUUGCAGGUCAGGUCCUAGAUAUCAAUCUGGCUGCUGAGCCAAAGUUGAACCGGGGCAAAGCUGGGGUGAAGAGAUCGGCCACAGAGAUGUACGGGUCAGUAGCCGCACCACCUUCUCCGUCCCCUCUAGUCAGGUCAUCUUUCGACCUAGAUUAUGACUUCCAGCGGGACUAUUAUGACAGGAUGUACAGCUAUCAGGCACGGGUGCCGCCUCCACCUCCCAUUGCCCGGGCUGUGGUCCCCUCCAAACGCCAGCGAGUCUCUGGCAAUACCUCUCGUAGAGGGAAGAGUGGAUUCAACUCGAAGAGCGGGCAGCGGGGAUCAUCCUCCAAGUCUGGGAAAUUGAAAGGGGAUGACCUGCAGACCAUUAAAAAGGAACUGACCCAGAUUAAGCAGAAAGUGGAUUCCCUGCUGGAAAGCCUGGAGAAGAUAGAGAAAGAUCAAAAACUGAAGAAUGACAAGUCAGAGGAGGAACAAAGCAGCAGCUCUGCCAAGAAAGAAGAGAGCAAUGUCAAGAUGGAAUCCGAAGCAGGGGCAGAUGACUCUGCUGAGGAAGGGGACCUGCUGGACGAUGAUGACAAUGAAGACCGGGGAGACGACCAGGUACGAAGCUGGAGACGGCAGAGAGCCCGGAGCGAGGAGGAGCGCAGCGGCUCUCCCUGUUUGCUAACUCGGCCCCUCUGCCUGUCCCCUUCUCUCUCUCAGCUGGAGUCCAUCAAGGGGGAUGACAAGGAGCCCGAAGAAGGUGAAGAUGACAGAGACAGCGCUAAUGGCGAAGAUGACUCCUAAGAGCCCAGUACACCUCUCCUCUCCUCCCUGGCAAAACACAGCGUUCUUCUGAUAUUGAGCCUCUCACCAGUCCCUUGCUGGCUGCCUCCUCACAGCCCUGCUUCCCUCCCUCUUCUCGCCCUGUGUGUUCAUGGCGUGGUGUCUUCUGUUGCAUUUGGCCUCCCUCCCCACUCCCCCCAUCCCUCUGCCCCAGUAGUUCGGUUAAACCCCCCUGUAAUUCUCCUCUUUUAAUUUUGAUACCUCUUUAUUGACUUAACAAUUAAAUGACGUAUUGUUUUUAGAA